CAGGAGACCAGCAGCAGCCAGCCAGCAGCUCGACGACGACAUUAAUCGCAUCGUGUGACAGACCCCAGAGUCCAGGAAUCGCGCGCGCACUUCUCCGCUCGUUUCUUCUUCUGCCACACACUGAUUACAGUUAUCCGUUUCGCGCUUUAUCGCUUGCCCACUUUGGUGCUUUUCGUUUGCAUAUUUCUGUUGAUUUAAACCCCAUCCGUUUCGGUGUGCAGGAUCCAGCGGGGAUCAGCGACGUGUGCUGCAGCUGCCAAAAACUCAAAAGACAAAAGUGAAUUUCAAGUCAAUUUUUGGAAAGCUUUUAGCUCGCAAACCGCAGUGACUGCAUACCGAAUCAGUGCAGACAUCAUCGAGUGAGUGAGUUAGCUCCACUCGAUUCCAUUUCGAAGUUGAGCAGGGUGUACUAAAGAGCUCUCGAAUGAGUAACAGCGCAAUGGUGGCGGUGGCCAUCUGCUGCAUUCUCGUGCUGCUGGCGGUGUUCAUUGUGAUCAUCAUUGUGGUGGGGCAGACCAUCGAGGAGCCCAAAUGAGACAUGCUCCAGCUGGGACCUGGCAACUUCCCAGAUGGAUAACAGAGGCCCCCCAAUUGUUAGUCAAUCAGCAUCGCCAUUUAGCAUCGUCAUCAGUAUCAUCAUCCGGAUAAAACAGAGCAACAGGAAAUGGCAACAGGAGGAGAUCAAAAGGAGGAGCAAGAGAAGGAGAAGGAAAUGCGUCCCAUCGUCAGUAUCCAUUGGCUGUGAUGUGAAAUUUUUAGAAUAUGUGAAGCAAAAAUCAAUCGAGAAAUCAACCAAAAUACAAAAAAAAGAUCACGCAUCGUUAAAUACUCUAAUCCCCGACUCAUGUUAUAGUAAAUCUUUCUGUGUGUAAAAUAAAUGUAUAUACGAGCAAGAGCUAUAACUAUACACAUAAACACACAAAAUAUAUAAAGAUAACUAAACGAUAUAAAUAUAUACCAUAGAUAUAUGUAUAAACACAAAUACGUACAUACUAUAUAUACAGAUAAUAUAUAUAUAAAUAUAUAUAAUUAUUAUUAUGUGUGUAACCCAACCGUCGUAACGUUGCGUUCGUUUUUUAUAAAAGUGUUGUUAACAAAUACCGAUUUUUAUUGAUGUUUUAUUGAUGUUGAAUACAACGUAUAUACAUACCCAUAUACAUACCUACAUACACGAAAGUGAAAUAAGUUUACAUUCGAUGAUUAUUGUCCAGCGAUGUCGAAAAAAUUGAUGAAGGAGAAAGGUGGAGCAGCGACAAUAGGGGAAGCAACCAAAGAGCUCAAUUGUAUGUAAGAUCAUAUCAAGGAUGGAAGAAUGUCAGCAAUUGCACUUGUUAAUGGCUCAGCAAAUGGAA